UAAGUUCGGUCAGUAUCAUUCCGCGAUGGGUGCCGACAAGCCGAACGGAGUAGUGAACUACUGCCGGAGACCACCUCAGCGGCCUCUCCUCCAGAAGAUUCAGUAUGGCAUCUGGAACCCUGAGGAAAGGACCUUCCUUGGACGCACCGGAAAAAGAUGGGGUGUGAUCGGCUUAAUAUAUCUGGUGAUGUACAUCUGUAUCAUCAUUUUCUUCUCGAUCUGCAUGUGCGGUCUACUGGCCACUGUCGACGACAGAAUACCAUACUUCACCCUUGCAGAUUCUAUUAUUGGUGAUAAUCCAGGAAUGGGCCACCGUCCUCUGUUAUACGAAGAAGGGGCGCUGAUCUGGUACGACGGAAACAACUCCACUCACAUCCAGAAGUAUACACAGAAUAUCGAUGAAUUUCUUGAACCAUACCGCAAAAAGAGUCUUCUGCCCAACGGUGGACAUAACCAAAUAGAGUGUGGAGAUGUGAAACCUCCCAGACUGAUGGUCUGCGCAUUUAAUACCAGUCAGUUCGGGCCCUGCUCCCAGGAGGAAGGGUAUGGGUACGCCAAUAGGACGCCGUGCUUAAUCGUGAAGUUGAACAGGUUGUACGAUUGGAAUCCUGAGUUCUACGACGAUCCUGCUCACUUACCCCACGACAUGCCGCCUGACAUUAAAGAAUACAUCGCAAAUGCCACUCCACAAGAACGCCGCAAAGUUUGGGUCUCAUGUAUGGGGGAGAGACCGGCCGACGUUGAAGCUCUGGGUCCAUUGAAGUAUUGGCCAUACCCAGGACUUUCGGAAGUAUUCUUCCCCUAUGACAACACCCCAGGCUACCUGAGUCCACUGGUGGCUGUACAGCUGACGGCACCAAAACUACAACAGAUAAUCAACAUUCGUUGCCGCGCCUGGGCCAAGAAUAUCCAAUACACGGCCAGUCUGAAGGAACGUCUCGGUUCCACUCACCUGGAGAUCAUGAUCGACUGAACCCACAGACCAGAACAGCACCCGUGCCUUACUCGUUGUUAAAUGUUGUAAUACUAUAUGUGCGUUUUUAGUUUAUUGUAAACAGUGUAGACAGUUUUAGUGUUGUUGUAUGCAAUGUAGACAGUUUCAUUGUGAAUGUGCUUUCGUUGGUAGACAGCAGUCAGGUCAAGCCUCAGCCAUGGCAUUAACAUGUCACUAGCCUACUUAAUCGUUAAUAAUCGCCAGUACUACUAAGUACAUUUGGAAUGACGCGAUUUUCAGAAAUAUCCCUAUCUAAAAACACUCGGUUCCUUAUUUACAUAUUUAAAAAAUUUGAAUAUUCAUGAAAUUUGCAAAUCUGCUUAGUUUAGCACGUCAACAAAAAUAUGAAAUCAAAGUUUGCUUGUUCAUUGGCACAAAAGAAUAGAGUGCAAUGAAGAAAAGAAUUCUGCUUGUGAUGCACAAUGUGCGACUUUGUAUGUGGCGAAUGGUUUAAGUUAGAACCAAAAAUGAUGCGGAUGAAUUGGGAUAAAAUAUCUUGAUAGGAAUGGAGUUACGGAAAUAUCAGAUACAGUCUAUACACAACGCUGUUCAAAACACGAUAACAUUAAAAACUGCAGUCAAAGUUAUAGUUAAGAAUCAGAUUUUUUUACUGCAAGCAAUUAAAUGUCAAUCGAUGUAAGUACGGAGCCUACGGACUGGCGCAAGCCGAAAGAUCUUCGUACGACAACAAUCGGAAACUGAACAUCUUAUUAGAUUCCUUAUUUAAUAUUGCGUACGCUGUCUUUGCCUAAAAUCCUUGAAAGACCUGUAUUUUUACCCAAUUUUUUUUCAAAUUUUCACCAAAAUAUUCAUUUUUAAUUUCAUUCAAAAUUUAAAAAUAAAAUUCACCAAAAUUUUUUUUCUGUAAAUUCCUCCCAUUUGAUAGCCCUAUGGUUUUCGGAACCAAUAUAUUAUAUCGUACACGCUUUGUAUGUGAAUAAUUGUUGGAUUGAAAUGCCUAGAGGGACUUUGAUAAUUUCCGAUUUAUACUCAUAAUGGUUCAAAGGCCGCGUAAAUUUAAAUAGUUCGCGGGCUUACCAACGUUGGCUGCAGGCUUUUGCCUUUAGUAAGUUAAUUAAUUACAUAUUACAUUACAGUGUUUUCAAUAAUCUCCGAGGAUCGCGAAAACCAUGUAGAUCAAUAAUUUUAAUAAUAAGUUAAAUAAUAAUUAUCAUAUUUUGUAGUAUUUGAUUGAUUACAAAACAUUUUCCUAAGGCUUUCAUGAGUCGCAGAUUCCUUGAAAUCUAGUUUGACGAUUAAAUUUCAAUAUUAAUUAUAUUUGGAAUAUCCGGUUUUUCGAUCAUUAUACUUUGAAGGCAAUGGACGACGAAUUUUAAAACAACAAUCACUAUUCAUAAAAAAUGUUUUUAUUUUUAUUCGAUGGCAUGGAUUCAUUAACUUGACAUUAACAUUAAAUUUGAGAUUAAACAGUAAAAUUAUUGUUUUAGCAAGAUUAAAAUAUUUUAGAACGCGUUGUACUGACCACAUCCGCGGCAAAAUUCGUGUGGUUUUUUGAAAAGCUAUUUUUUAGAUAAUUAUUAUUGAGUGUGUAUAUCUAUUUAUUGUGUGAUGUGAUCUUUUGGUGUUUUAUUGUAAACGAGAGUACUUAAAUGUUAAACUAUUGUGAUAGAUGAA